UCAAUACAGUGUUUUUAAUUUUAAUAUGCAGUUAAAAUUUAGAAUAUAACUCGAUCUCGAUGGUUUGUAAAAACAAAUCAUAAAAUGGAUUCAAAAUAUAGUGUUCCUAUUAUUUCACAAAAUCUAUACAAACGUGAGACUAUAAUACAAAUAGCAGAUGUAUUAGAUCAUCUAACAAGAGUUAGUGAAGAAAUAUUUACUCAGAUAAAUAAGCGUUUAGAGAAGAAUAGAUCCAAGCUGACAAAUAUAUCCGAGAGGGUGGACUUAGUUAAUAAAAAAAUAGAUACUCUAAGAGGUGCCAAAAAAGCAACCCAAGUAUUUUCUAGUAGCAAGUAUCCUGCAAGUGAUCUUAAUAAAGAGUAUAUUUCAAUAUUUCAUGAUACUCCUGAUGUAUGCCUCAAAAGACAUUAUGUUAAGUUAAGGAAUGUUCCUAAUUCUCAAGCUCCAUUAGAAAAGUUACAAUUUUAUCAUGUCAAUAUUCGAAAGAAUAACAAAACAAAAUUAGAAGGCCUAGGAAAUACACAUCAAAAUAUUAAGUUUGGAUAUGAUUUAUUGUUAUUUAACUCUGGUAAGAACUUAUACAAAGAUUUUGACAUUAUCCACCCACUAAAGACACCAAAAUUUGUGAAAGAAGAUGAAGAAUAUGUUUCAGAAAUAGGUGCAGCUCCCCAAUCAAUUAGUGAAAGGUCAACAUUAUCAAAAUCCCAGAAGCAGCAUUACUUUUAUUCACCUCAGAUAGGGGAAGUACCAGCCUUGGAUGUACCUUUAGAUUUGCCAGAUCUUCCAGGAAUAGCAAAUGAUCUUCAGUAUGACUAUAACCUAAAUUCAAGUAUAGCUCCUUCAGCUGAUAUACCUUCUUCCAUUUUGGAGCUAGAUUUUGAUGCGAGUAGUAGUUUGCCUAAUAUUCCUCAAGAAAGUGAGGACAUUGAAGAACUUACAGAGAUUUCAAUAAACGAACCUCCACGUCCUAUACCUCAGGAACCACCCGUUGAACUUCCGACUCCUGUAGAAGUUGAAAAACCAAAGAUACCUAUUGUUGUAAACACUGAACCUAAAAAAACAGCAGAAGCUGUUGUCCCUUCUGUGAGUAAGCCUAAUUUGCCUGCCGUGGAUGAUGUUAGAUCCAACCUAAUGGAGGCAAUCAGAAAUGCUGGCGGAAGUGGAAGAGCUAAGCUGAAAUCUGUGCAGCAUGAUAAAGAACAAAAGACGGCUUCCAAACUUGCUCAGGGCGGAAACUUAAUAGCAGACUUACACAACAAAUUGUUCAUGAGAAGAAAGGGUAUUUCCGGAGCAAAGCAAGAACAACAAACUGUUGUAGAUGCAGAUUUAACACUAUCUCGAAUUUCUUCUAUGAUUCCACCACCAGAACCUAAAGUGGAAAUAGAAUCUACUUCAAAUGACGAUGAAGAUGAAUGGGAUUGAGAAAAUUGUUAUAAUUCUUUUUUUCAAUAAUCUUUAUACCUUGGAUAUUCCGCCAAACUAGUGUUAUUCUAUAUACUACAUGGCAACUUAUAGUCAUUUUCUUUUUACGUUCUUUAUUCUCAGUGAUAUAAGAGUUCUUUUAUUUCUAUAUUUAUUAUGCUUUUUUACUAUUAAUUAAAAUGAGAUUAUUAAACAUUUUUUAUUUGUAAUUUUCCAGAAAGUAUUUACUUUUUACCAUUUCUUUUAAUAGUUUACUAUUAUAUACUAUUAUGCUAAUAUCAUGAAAGGAUUUAUGUCCCGUCGAUUAUAUUUUUUUAUAUUAUCUCACUUUAUUUUCCUCUACCCUGAUAUACCUCCAAAUCAUUGUAGGGUAACUAUAUUUAAUUUUUAUGAUUCAUAUGAUUUACCUAUUAAGUUGGACCAGAUCACAUGUAGAUGCAAAAUCUUUAUCUUCCUAUACCAGGAAUUUUGCAGAUUUGUUUGGGUUUGUGAUUAGACGCCCAUUCAAGUUGUUUUUGAGGGAGAGAAAUCUAAAAUACUCUAUUUCAUUUUAUUUUAGUUUAAAUGAUACGUAAAAUGCAUUCCAUUCCUCAAUAGUGCUUUGGGGUUUAUGGCAAAGACAAAAAUUAAAGUAUAGGUAUACAAUUGUUACUGUAAAAGAGAAUUGCAAUUGCAAAAAUUUACAAAGAAUGCACUGAGAUAUAUAGGGCACAUAUAUUUUAUUAUGAAAUUUUGUACUAUGUAAUUCUUUUAUUAAUUGUGAAUUGUAAAUUAAUUAUGAA